ACUGCUCAAACGAACAUAUCUAUUUCCAUCUAAUUUGCCCAGUCUUUACGCUUGGUUUCUUCCUCAAAAUUUCCGCCGCUGCUCACCUCUUCUUACAAUUUCCCUUGUUUCUUUUAGUAUUCUCUCUUCCCGGAUAGUUAAUUCGCCUUGAUUGUACAUUAUAAAGUUGCAAAAGUGAUUAGCUAACACUUAUAAAACUUAAAUUUCUUCGUGAAUGAAUCGUCAACAAAAAAAGAAAACAACCGUGCAUAACAACAGUUUCUCAUGAUAAGAAUGCCAGGCGGCGUGAACUCUAUCGUGACAUGGCCACAACUAAAAAGAACGCACUUCUGCUGCAACGCCGCCUCAAAAAGAGAGAGGCAACAACUAAUCGUCUUCUUGGAAGUAUAAAAUCUAUCAAUCUUGCUGAAUCAAUGUGUGCAAUUCAGGAUAACGUUAUUGUUGGAGGCUCUUGUUCUAUUUCCAAAAGAGUUUCAACUGAUCAUGAGGUUUUUACGCCACUAAAUGUGCUUGACAAAGGGAAAAAUGUGAUUCAUUCUAUUUCUACUUUUGAAAAGGGUUCGACAUCAAGUACUUCAGGUAAAUCAAGCGGUCCAAAUACUGAAACAAUUCUGGUCGACGGGAGAUUAUUUCAGCAAUAUUCAGUUGAUGAGUAUAUAAAAUUGGAGACACAAAGAUUGGAUUUUGUUGUGUUCAAUCAAGAUUUGUUUAGAAUGAGUGUACUGCAAGGACUUCUUGAUGUAUUACGACUUGGUGAAAGGGAUGCUUCCAAUGUUGGAAAACAAACAUUUCUACCAAAUUCCUUUAUAGGUGGCCCUAGAGAUAUACGUCAGCGUUACAUGGAUGCUAUUGUGUUGGUACAACAUUUUGGUAAACUUGAUCUGUUUAUAACUAUGACAUGUAAUUCAUCUUGGAUAGAAAUAGAAGAACAUUUAUCAUCAAGUGAUGAGGCACAAAAUAGAUCUGAUUUGAUUAGUCGCGUGUUUCGAGCCAAAAUAGAAGAGCUAAAGACAGAUAUAUUAAAACGAAAUAUUUUUGGAAAAGUUGUUGCUUUUAUGUAUACUGUGAAAAAAAAUGAGGCUUACCCCAUGCUCAUUUUCUUAUUAUUUUAA